AAUCGUAAAAUUUGCCAUUUGCUUGUGCAGAUCAGUCUGGUAAAGUGAGGAUUUGGGAUACUGUGAAUAAAGAACAUAUUCUAAAAAAUGAAUUCCAUCCAAUCGGCGGCCCAAUUAAAGAUAUCGCGUGGUCACCCGAUAAUCAGCGAAUGGUUGUCGUUGGAGAGGGACGAGAGAGAUUCGGGCAUGUUUUUAUGUCCGAGACUGGCACGUCUGUCGGAGAAAUUUCCGGACAGAGUAAGCCAAUAAAUUCGUGCGACUUUCGACCAUCGAGACCUUUUCGACUUAUAACCGGAAGCGAAGAUAAUACGAUCGCUAUUUUCGAAGGACCUCCAUUUAAAUUCAAAAUGACUAAACAAGAGCACACCCGUUUCGUGCAGGCAGUCCGCUAUUCGCCAUCUGGCAACCUGUUUGCGUCAGCAGGUUUCGACGGUAAGGUUUACAUUUACGACGGCACGAGUUCCGAACUUGUUGGAGAAGUCGGCUCACCGGCACAUCAAGGAGGUGUUUACGGACUCGCUUGGAAGCCAGAUGGGACUCAAUUUUUGACUGCAUCCGGAGAUAAAACGUGCAAAUUGUGGGAUGUUGAGACGAGAACCAUUGUUGACGAAUUUGUUAUGGGAGCUACAGUCGAUGAUCAGCAAGUCAGCUGUUUAUGGCAAGGAAAUCACAUACUAUCUGUUUCACUAAGUGGCUUUAUAAAUUAUCUCGAUAUUAAUAAUCCGCUGAAGCCCCUAAGGAUAGUGAAGGGUCAUAAUAAGCCGAUCACAGUAUUGACAACAAGUCAGGAUAAAAGUACAAUAUACACGGGCUCCCACGAUGGGUACGUAACAAAUUGGAAAUCAGACACUGGGGAAAAUGAUCGCGUUCAGGGCCAAGGCCACGGCAAUCAAAUAAAUGGAAUGAAAGCAACAUCGGACCUAGUGUACACCGCUGGAAUUGACGACACUCUAAGAACAAUUGACAUCGCAACAAACUCGUACGAAAACACAUCGAUAUUGAGGUUGGGUUCGCAACCAAAAGGCCUUGACGUUCAGGGCAAUAUAGUCAUUAUUGCCGCUGUGAAGCAGAUUGUUGUUACAAUAGACGGGAAGAAAGUUUCGAGUUUGUCGGUCGAUUACGAUCCAUCGUGUGUGACCAUAAAUCAAGAAAAUAAUGACGUUGCCGUUGGAUCAACAUCGGAUAAUAAGGUUUACAUUUAUGAACUUGAUGGAACUAAUCUUACAUCAAAGACGGAAUUGGAACAUUUGGGCCCGAUAACCGAUGCCUCUUAUAGUCCCGAUAAUAAGUAUUUAGUUGCUUGUGAUGCAAAUCGAAAAGUUAUCCUUUACGUGGUUCCUGAAUAUAAGAAAUUGGCACACAAUAAGGAAUGGGGCUUCCAUAAUGCAAGGGUGAAUUGUGUAGCAUGGAAUCCAACAUCUUCAAUGGUAGCCAGUGGAAGUCUUGAUACGACAAUUAUUAUUUGGAGUGUUACUAAUCCCGCGAAACAUACGAUCAUCAAAAAUGCUCAUUCACAAAGUCAAAUUACCCAGCUACUUUGGUUAGACGAAGAAACGGUAAUUUCUGUCGGUCAAGACUGCAAUACAAAGAUAUGGCGUGUGGAAAAAAUCUGAUUAUGCUGAAAAAAAAAAAAUCUGUUUUACAAGGAACAGCUUUAUUAACAA